CGAACUUACCCUUCCACUGAAACAUCAGUCUCAGAAGGACUCAGUGAAUAUGUAGAUAAAUAUACAUAUGUCCCCGGCGUGGGUUUGAUUUGCACCUCCAUCGCCAUGUCAACCUCCAACGACAACACAGCCCUCGCCCGACCCGGACCCGCCGAAGGACUGGAAGCGGGCCAUCUCACAUGCAUCUGCUGCUUCAAACGUCUUUGGCACGAGGCCCAGCGUGUUUGGAUGAAUGGGAUCGGGGACAAGAUCUGGCCCUGCCAGCUCCCAGCGUCAGGGUCCCGUGGGCGGAAAUGCUGGUGGUGUGCCGCUGGACGGCACACAUGUGAGCCCUUUCCGACGAAGGAGUUGCGAUCUCUGGCCCGCGCCCUUGACGAUGCUAUUAUGCGUUCCCGGGCUGAGCCCUCGUUCCGGCAUGAUAAUGAGGUUAUGGAUCGUCUUGAGGAUCUUCAUUAUGCGUUUCGCAAGUAUCAUCGUGCCCAGCGGAAUGCUGCUGAUGAUUACGAGGUCAUCGAGGAGGCCGAGUUCUCUAGCAGCGAAUUCUUUUUGUCCGUCGCCUGAUAAUCUGUAUAUUUUUGGGUUUCCAUGGCUUUGGGGAUCGUGCUUUGUCGAUGCUUCAUAGAAACGCACUUUCUUUGCCAUGCCUAUCAUGCUUCUUCUUUUGGCAUUCAGCGUAUUGGCGUUCAUAUGUGGAAAUUGAUAACGAACAACAAAAAUAAAUGAAAACUAAAUCAGCAAUGCAGAUCCUCU